AUGGGCUAUAUGGUUUUCAGAACUACUUUGGUAUUUGGUUCGGGAAUAUUUCUACAACAAAUUGGAAUGAGUUUUUAUGGUAUUGCAUCUGCGGCUGAAAUUGCAUUUUACUCAUAUAUUUAUGCUAAAGUUGGAAAAAAUGAUUAUAAACGGUUAACAUCAUGGACACGAGCAUCAACAAUGGCUGGACGUACAUUUGGUUAUUUGUUGAGCCAAACAAUUGUAAUAACUACGAUUGGUACUUAUUUAACAGUUAAUCAAAUUUCACUUCUUUCACCAAUUUUAGUAUUUAUUUUUGGUUUAUGCUUUCCACGGAUACAAUGGAAAUCAUUGGUUGAACGAAUUAAAAUUACCAUUGAUAAGGAAACGUUUAAUGAGCCGACUACAUAUGUACAAUAUAUGAAAUUUCGAAUGGAAACAUUAUGGUCAAAUACAAAACAAAUUUAUGGGAUUGGGUUUGUACGAAAAUGGUCACUUUGGUGGGCAAUGACAACCUGUAUGUCCUUGCAGGUAAGCGCUUAUUCACAAACGUUAUGGGGCGAAGUGCAAACGGAGGAAACAACGCUUAAUGGCUUCGCUGAAGCGACUUAUACGGCUUCUGCUGUAGCAAUAAUGCUUAUGGAUGCGAUAUCAAUUGAUUGGGAUAAAUGGGGCGAAGCGGCUUUGGUACUAAUUUCAAGCAUCGAUUGCGCUUUACUGCUACUAUUUAGCCAAGCGCAAACAAUCUGCGUGAUGUAUAUUUGUUACAUUUGCUAUCGUACACUUUACCAAGUAAUGAUAACCAUUGCACAAUGGAAUUUGGCCAAAAAGAUGGUCAGUGAAAGUUAUGGAUUGAUAUUUGGUCUGAAUUCAUUUGUGGCACUCAUUUUGCAAGCGCUGUUGACAAUGAUCGUCGUGGAUAAACGCGGCUUUGGUAUGACAGUACGAUCACAG